AUGAUUGGUCGGUUGAUCACCCUUGUCAUCUCCCUUGUAGUCUUUGAACGCGGCAAAUGGGCCAUCCUAGAGCCAGUUAUGUUGGUUGAAUGCUCCGCACCCAUCGAGUUUCACGGUCAACUGCUGAGCUCGGUUACACGUCGAAACGGUGUUAUCAUCGACACCGACUUGAGCGACAGCUAUGCCCGAGUCGUAGCUGAGGUUCCCCUGAAUGAGAUGUUUGGAUACGCCGGCGAGCUGCGAAGUCUGACUGAGGGCAAGGGCGAGUACACCAUGGAGUACUCCAAGUAUUGUCCCGCACGUGCUGAGACCACAGAGGCUGUCAUCGCGGAGGCGGAAGAGAAUAAGGCAAAGGAGGACAAUGGCAGUUCAGCCAAGACCAAGAAGAAGAGGAAAAACUAA